AUGACGGAGAUGGUGGUGGCGGCUCGGGCGCCGGCCCCGGCGGCGGGGAGGUGGGGCGCGGCGCCGCCGCAGGAGCUGCUGGAGAGGCUCAAGGACUACGGCCAGGAGGGCGCCUUCGCCUUCUGGGAUGAGCUCGCGCCCGAGGAGCGCGACCACCUCAUCCGGGACAUUGAGAGCCUAGAUCUUCCGAGGAUUGAUCGGAUCAUUCGAUGCUCACUUAGAUCACAAGGUGCUCCUGUACCGACCUUUGAGCCUGUGCCAGAGUCAAGUGUCUCGACGGUGGACGACAGAACUCCUGAGGACAAAGAAAGGUGGUGGAGGAGAGGCUUGAGAGCCAUUUCAGAGGGGAAGUUGGCCGUUGUUUUGUUGGCUGGUGGCCAGGGGACUAGGCUUGGCAGUUCUGACCCUAAGGGAUGUUUCAGUAUCGGGCUUCCAUCUAGGAAGUCACUUUUCCAACUACAAGCUGAACGGAUUUUGUGUAUUCAGAAGCUGGCUGCUCAAUGCACUGACGCCCCAGGUAGCACAGUACCAAUUCACUGGUAUAUAAUGACUAGUCCCUUUACCGAUGAAGCGACCCGAAAGUUCUUUGAAACCCACAGAUAUUUUGGUUUAGAGCCUAAUCAAGUGACAUUUUUCCAGCAGGGUACUAUUCCAUGUGUAUCUCAUGAUGGAAGAUUUAUUAUGGAGACACCAUAUAAGGUAGCAAAGGCUCCCGAUGGCAAUGGCGGAGUAUAUGCUGCUCUAAAAUCUAAAAGGUUGCUCGAUGAUAUGGCUGCAAAAGGUGUUAAGUAUGUAGAUUGCUAUGGAGUUGAUAAUGUAUUGGUCCGUGUUGCAGAUCCAACAUUCCUAGGAUACUUCAUUGACAGAGGUGCAUCUGCUGCCGCUAAGGUUGUCAGGAAGGCAUAUCCACAAGAGAAAGUUGGAGUAUUUGUUCAGCGUGGAAAGGGUGGACCCCUCUCUGUAGUUGAAUACAGUGAAAUGGAUGCAGCUAUGACAACUGAAAUCAAUCAAACUACUGGCCGCCUUCGUUAUUGCUGGAGCAAUGUCUGCUUGCAUAUGUUCACUUUGGAUUUUCUGAACCAAGUGACAAACAGUCUUGAAAAGGAUAGCAUUUACCAUCUAGCGGAGAAGAGAAUUCCUUCAGUCCAUGGGUACACAUCAGGCUUAAAGCUUGAACAAUUUAUAUUUGAUGUGUUCAACUAUUCUCCUUCAACAGCUCUUUUUGAGGUUUUGCGUGAGGAGGAAUUUGCUCCAGUGAAGAAUGCUAAUGGUGCAACUUAUGACACUCCUGAUAGUGCCAGAUUAAUGCUGCUUCGGCUUCAUAGCCGAUGGGUGGUUGCUGCAGGUGGCUUCUUGACUCAUUCUGUGCCCUUGUACAUGACAGGAGUUGAAGUUUCUCCGCUUUGCUCUUAUGCUGGAGAGAAUCUGGAAGCCAUAUGCAGAGGAAGAACAUUCCAUGCACCAAGUGAGAUUUCAUUCUAG